AUGCUGGCAAGGGCCCUGAUACCCCAUUUGCGCUCCAGGGUCACGCCGCGCACCCUCUACCUUGUUGCCGGCGCGUGCCUGGCCUCAGCCCUCUUCCUGGCGCAAUCCAGGGCAGCGAGUGGUCGAGCUGGUCCCUGCCCUGGCGCGCCCGGCUUCUCAGUGCUGAGCAGCGCCGCUGCGCGCUGGGACGGCAACCUCGUCGCCGUCAUCGAGGGUACUACGCUCACCCAGCCGCCAGCUCGGUUUCGCCUGCUUCGCCUGGGGCACAGCAUCAUGGGCGGCGUCUUCCUCGCCCCGGCCCAGAUCGCCGGCCACUCGGUGUACUCCGCCUUCCACCUGCAGCUGGCUGGCGCAGCGAUCGUCCCCGGCGGCCGCCGGUCCCUGCACAUCGGGCUGGGCGCCGGCACCGCCGUCCGAGGCAUGCAGCGCGCCGGCGUGGUGGCAGAUGUGCUGGAACUGCACCCCGAGAUCCUGACGGCGGCCAGCGCCGCCUUUGGCCUGAUCCCAAAGGGCCUGGGCUCCACAGACGCGGGACUCUUCCUGGCGGGCGAUGCGCUGGCGACGGCGCCCUCCCUGCCCAAUGGCACGUAUGACUACAUCAUCCACGAUGUCUUUGCGGGCGGGGAGGUGGCUGGGCCACUGGUGGCGACCCCAUUUCUGCGCCUGCUGGCCUCCAAGCUCCGCAGGCCGCGGGGCAUCCUCGCCGUGAACUUUUAUGGGGAGGCUGACGAGGGGCUGCUGCGCCUGGCGUGCAGCCUGCGCUCGGUGCUGCCCCACCUGGCGGUGCUGGCGGACGAGGAGGAGGCGGCGGUGAGGAACCAUGUGCUCCUGGCCUCGUGGUCGGCCGUGGACCCCGGCGCCGCAACUCCCGCCGCCGCGGCAGCGCUGUGCGAGGACCAGGGCUGCGCCAAGGUGCUCGCCGGCCUACCUUCCCGCCACCUUCCCCUGCCAGAUCUCGAGCAGCGAUGUGCAGCACUGGAUCAGGGGAGGGCGGGAGGCGGAGGCGGCCGCAGCCCCAGCUUCCGGGGCUGGGUGGCGGCGGGGCGGCAGGCGGCGGACCACUGGUCCGUCAUGAGGAUGCAGAUCCCAGAUCCCGUCUGGCGAUGCUACUGA